AUGAAGGAACGCUAUGGCCCACAAGGCGGGCAGAUCUGGGAAGAUGGCGUGUGGGCCGACUUCGAAGAUAAAGAUGGCCCUGUCACAAUCCCAUGGUACAACGAGGCAGGCGGGAAGAACAUCAUCGCCGCGGACGAGAACCGGCCAUUGCAGAUGGCCACCGUGGAGGAGUACAAGGACGGGAUCCUCUCAGACGGCCUGAAUCAGGGUUCUCGCGGUGCGCCGUGGAUGCAAUGGGGUCCUAGCAAGACUUUUCCUGUUCGAGCCCUCACGUGGAACCACUUGAAAGAAGCUUUCUACAAGGCUCACGCUGAACAGCCCGAUAAUCCAUAUGUUCAGAUUGCUCUCAAGGCUGGUCUGAAGAACGGAAAUCGAAGGAAGGGCUUGCUGAGGACACCCAGAAAUGUCGUGGAAUUCAUGUGCAAUCGCCACAACAAGUACCACAAGGGGAGCAAGACCACCUUCGAGCAGAUGAUGGGUGUGGCUGUGCAUGCUGAGGCCCAGUGGACAGGAAAUAAAGAUGGAGUUGACGCUUACAAUCCCGAUUACGAGAAACUAUACCGCAAGUGGGUCUCCGAGAACGCAGAUGAGCCCAUGAAUAACUGGCCGCUUUUCUCGAGCACCAAGGGCCUGUGCCACAAACUCGACAGAUUCGACAUCCAACCUCAAUUUCGCAAAUGGUGCAACAAACACGUCCGGUAUCUUCACGAGAAGCUCGAUCACAAGGGGGUUUUGCACAUCAUGAAUGCGAUCGGCGUCAGCGUUAUCAAGCACAUGCCACCGAAAGCAAGAAAGAAGGACACCGGCAUCGUGUUUCUGGAAGCUCUUGCUCUUGCGUUACCUGUUCGGCCUUCCGAUGAGCAGCGGAGGCUCCCAUGGAUAAUCCAGUCGAUGGACCACGUCCACCUGAUGAGCGCGCUCGGCGUGGACAUGACAGAGAGCGUCGCAUUCAAGCAGAGACAAAUCGAGAAGGAGCAGGCCGAGAAGGGCGGCAAGGAGGGAAGCAAGACGAAGGCAGGAAAGGGGAAGCAAAGGAAGAGCGGAUCCAGCAAGCCACCUCCAGCCAAGAAGGCGAAGACGACCGCUGGCCAAGGGAAAGGAAGCAAAUUCACCUUCUUCAGCGAGAUCAUCGACAUGCUGCAGGUGGGCACUGACGCCUUUAUAGCUGAGAAUUGCGAGUCAAGUAAGCUGGACGCUACGCUGUCGCAGGACCUCGACAUGAUUUACCACAAGACAACGAGCUACUCGUUGGAGUUCGCAUGCAACGGCAUCGUGACUAUCCACAAGGAGAUCAAGGCGUGGUCUGUGUGCAAAGGUGCAUUGUUGGGAAUGUACACGAGCAAGGCGACCAAGAAGGAUUACAGCGAGGACGCCGAGAUGAGUGAGGGGGUUCAGCCUGUCGUGGACGACGGGGAGAAGGACGAGAAGGACGAGUCCAUGGAUGGCGGCGCCAACCAGAAUCCCGACGAGAAUGAGCUCGUUUCUCUCUUGGCGGGCGACAAGGAGGUCUGUGACAGGUUGACUGGGAUCUUGAGCGACAUCGCGGGCGAGGUCCCCUUCCCAUACCACCGCGAGAUCCGCAAGGCUACCGACCAGAUCCAAGACAUCAAGGCGAAGUUGGUCUCUUCGACUACCUUGCCAACGUUCCUGAGCGCGUGGUCCGAGGUGCUGUUCUCGAUCCUCCCUGAGAAGAUGAUUCAUAUCAUCAACCGGCUGUCUGUGCACGACCCAAACGGCCAGUACAUUCCCGCCAUCAAGGACGAGGCUUCGCUCGAGCACGCUCUUUCCCUGCGCCCUCUGUACAUGAUGCAGGCGCUGGUGGCCGCCUUGGAUGCGGGGGCAAUCCCUGCGGGCCCUACCUUCAAGUCGCUGAUCGACCUCGUCUCCGACAUCAAGAUCAAUGCGAAGGGGACGGCGCGCGAGUGUAGCAUUGACUCAGCGAUCGUUGCAUUCGACCUCAAUUUAGAUACGAAGGAGACGUGGGUGCAGAAGUGGGUGGAGGUGGUGACCAUGGCAUCGUCGAUGGACCAGCUGACCCGCAUCGUCAACGAGAAGGUCGACGACAAGGAACAGGAGGCCAAGCCCGAGGAGAAGGAAAUGGAGACGGAGCAAACCGUGGACAUCGUCGAAGCGGAGCCAGAGGCGCCGCAGAUUGCACAAGUCAGCCUGGAGCAUAUCAUGGGCCUCGAGGAUCCGAGUGUAUCCGCCGCUAAGGAGUCCGUCGACGUCCUAGAGCUCGGCUUUAAUGAGAAGCGGAAUUUCACGAUGACUGAUGUGAAAGUGCUCGAGAACAACAUUUCAAACCUCUACUGGCGCAGGCUUGCUGAGAAAAACUACACCUGGCCCAAGAUCGUCUUUCGCAAGGCUGUUGGCAAUAAGGCGGCGACCGAAGUGGUGGCUCUUCAACGGCAGAUGCUGGACCCGAACACGUUCGUGAUGCCGUACGCUGGUGAAGUCACUUGCACGCCCGCCAAGGACGGCAUCCCUGUGUGCCAUGUUCUUGGCAUGCAAUUUUUCCUCGUUCCUGGAAAUACAGGUUCGGUCGCCUCAGAAGCACCCGUCCCGGCGUGGAUCGUGAAGACUGUUACUCGUGCAGAUGCAGCUACCAUGGUCCGCCACGACGGCACGUUCACCGCGUACAUCGACUCCAAUCUGAACAUAUUCGAGAACAAGCCCGAGGUCCAGAAGCUGAUCCAGAUCGAGUUCGCCGACCCCGUGCUCAAGCUGAAGGAGGGAGAAGAGCUGGCCAAAGGCGACAUCGUGCUGACGCGCACGCUGACCGACACAGAGAAGACGCAACGUGCUACGAGAAAGUUCUUAGGCGGCAGCCUCAAGGAUGAUGGCUCCGUGGCCCUGCCGACGGUUUGCGACAUGAUCGAGGAUAAGUUGAAGGCCUUCGCAGACGGCGGGAAAGGCACCACACAGUCCAGGGAAUCCAAGGAUUCGAAGGAGGCGGCGGCGAAGUUCGUGGACCCAAAAAAUUUCAAGCACCUCUUGAAGUGA